AUGAGUGAACAAGAUAUCUUGAACUUUUGUGAAAUUACAGGAGCUACACCUUCAGAAGCGAGAAACUUCUUGGAAAUAGCAGACAACAAUGUUAGCCAAGCAAUUGACUUGUAUUUGGAAAGUGGAGGCGGCGGUGGUGGAGCACACCAACCAGUGCCCACUGAAACUAGCUCAUCGUCGAGAGCAGCAUCUAUACAUUCAGACAAUGGCAACUUUAUGACAGACGAAGAGAUUGCAAGACAAAUGCAAGAGCAAGAACAUGAAGUCAGAGCGCCCAUCGCACCCAAAACCGACAUCUUGGCUGGUGGAAGUACCAGUGACUUAUAUUCUUCUCCCAUGUGGUCUCGACGAGAUAAUGCUGGUGUGAGCCGCCCUUCAGUAUUCAAUCAAGGUGACUCAGCUACUGGAUCUGUCACUGAUUUUUUGAGCAGACUACAAUCUGAUGUGCCAAACAGAUCCUCCUCAGGAUCUCCCUCAGAAUCUCUUGGUAGUCCUGCAAGUGCCAAAGCCAGAAGAUUAGCUGAUCUCUUCAGACCUCCAUUUGAUAUAAUGUUCCGUGGUACUUUUGAAGAGGCCAGAGAAGCUGCGAAAGAAAAGAACAGAUGGCUGAUGAUUAACGUACAAGAUCCCACAGAAUUUUCAUGCCAAGUCUUGAAUCGAGAUUUAUGGAGCGAUACCAUUGUUAAAGAUAUUGUGAAAGAAUCAUUUAUCUUUCUUCAGUACAACAACGGCAGCCCUGAAGGAGCACGUUAUAACAAUCUUUACAGUGUUAAUGCAUACCCCCAUUUAGCGAUCGUUGACGCACGAACUGGAGAACGCAUUAAAGUCUGGGAAAAGGCUUUAUCACCAACUGAUUUUAUGAUGGAUGUCACUGAAUUUAUGGAACAAAACUCACCAGAUAGCUCAGCAGCAGCUGUUCCCAAGCGUCCCAAAAAGGCAAAGAAUAUCUCGGAUAUGAGUGAGGAGGAACAAUUGAAUGCAGCAAUUGCAGCUUCUUUAGAUGGACCAAGCGACGAUGCAACAUCAGCUUCUCCAAAUGUAUCAGAAAUGGACAUUGAACCAAAGCAAUCAGCAAAGGAUAAAGGAAAGUCAGUAGAAAGAAUGGUAGUUGAUAUUGAGGAUGACGGUGAGAAGAAAAACGACAGCGAAGAGGAAUUAAAAGCAGGUUCAGCGUUCGACGGUAUUAAAGCAGUAAAGAGGGACGAAACAACUGAUGUGGCCAAUUCAACAAGAAUCCAAUUGAGAAUGGGCGAUGGCAGCAGGAUAAUUAGACGCUUCUUAAAGACAGACCCUGUUCAACAUAUAUUUGAAUUCGUCAAGGCGGAAGUGCCUGAUGCCAGCAAUCAGCAAUUUGAGUUGGUUUUUAAUCGUACUCAAUUGAUUGACGUGCUUGAUCAGACUAUUGAAGAAGCAGGACUAAGCAAUGCAGCUGUAAAUUGUGUGAUUGUCUAG